CUCUUCGCCUUUCCUCCGCCAUCGUGCACCUUCUGCCCGCCUCGGCUUCUCGCUAUGUCUUCUCACAAGACUUUCAGAAUCAAACGAUUCCUGGCUAAGAAACAAAAGCAAAAUCGUCCUAUUCCUCAAUGGAUUCGGAUGAAAACUGGCAACAAAAUCAGGUACAACUCCAAGAGAAGACACUGGAGGAGAACGAAGCUGGGUCUGUAAGGAGUCAACAAUGGCAAGACAGUUUAUGCUGAAUCAUGAUCUUCAAUGAGUGUUACAAGAUGGAGAUCGACAUUUUCAACUUGGAGACUUGAUCAUGUUUAAGUUGGGAGUGCUUUCUCCGGUAAUAAAAUGUAGAACCUAUAAUAAAAUGUA